AUGCUUCGCAGGUGUGUUACCUCGCGAUUCUCCGCGGCGGCGUUUCGUCGCACCACGCCCUCCUUGGUUUACCUUCACGCGAGCGAGAUGUCAACCCCCGAUCGGGAUACCGUCACCUCGAAGAAUCGGAAGGAGUUCAAGACGCCGCUGUGUGUGGAGCUCGUGAACAAGGCCACGACGCAGGGGUACUACCCCCUCACGCAGUUCAUCAAAGACUGCCUCACCCACCCCCAGCACGGCUACUACGCGACGAAGAAGCACGUCAUUGGGAGUGAAAAGGCGGACUUCAUCACGGCCGCGGAGAUCGGCUUCUUCGGCGACGUCCUCGCCGCGUGGGUGAUGGAUACGUGGCAGAAGAUGGGGACGCCUCGGGUGGUGCAUCUCGUGGAGCUCGGCCCCGGUCGUGGCAGCCUCAUGCGGACGAUGCUCAACCAAAUCCGCUACUCCAACCCCCACCUUUUGCAUUUCUUGCAGAUCCACCUCAUCGAGGUCGGCGCGGCGCGGCAGGAGGAGCAGAAAAAAGCCCUGAGCGAGUUCCAAACCGCCCAGGGCAAGAUCAAGUGGUGGAUGAGUAUCGAGAGCCUGCCCUUCACCCUUGAGCCCACGAUUUUCAUCGCGAACGAGUACUUCGAUGCGCUGCCGGUGGCGCAGUUUCGCUACACGGAGCGGGGGUGGGUGGAGACCUGCGUCGAGGUCGACGAGGACCCCGCCACGGAGGCGCACUUUCGCCUCGUGCACGCACCCUCCGGCUCGAUGUCGGCCUACCUCAUCCCCGACGAGGUACGGAAGAAGGGAAAGGUCGGGGACUGCAUUGAGGUCAACGCGGUCGGCAUGCAGCACAUGGAGCUGCUCAUGAAGAAGAUGAUCGACUGUCAAAAGGCGGCGUGCCUGAUUAUUGACUAUGGGAAGGACGAGAACAUGCAGAACACGCUGCGUGGGAUCCGCUCGCAUCGCUUCGUGGACCCGCUGUUGUCUCCUGGUGAGGUGGAUUUGUCGAGCUGGGUGGCGUUUAACCAGCUGCGUUGGGCGCUGGAGAGACUCGAGAUUGCGCGGCGGAAUUUGGUGUGGUUCCCGGUCAUUACCCAGCACGACUUUUUGCAGUUCAACGGAAUCGACGUUCGGCUCGCACACGUCAUUAAAGACGAGGAGACCAAAAGUGCGAUGAAGAUACUCCAAAAUUACCGCCGGUUGAUGGAUGAGGAGGAAAUGGGGAAGAGUUAUAAGGUGUUUGCGAUUCAGACGCGGAACUUUCCAUACGUGUCACCGUUUUUCAAGGAAAUGCCCUUGCCGGCUCAGGCGGCUCGGUCAUGA